UCUCCUGAUUCCUAAACCCUACACACUUGUAGUAACUUGCUUUGAAGUAAAAAAAAAAUGGUGUCCUUCUACCUCGACUCCACCUUCCUGCCUCUCCUCGCCACCACCAUGGCCAGCCCACUCCACGCCUGCCUCCUCCUCGCCCUCCUCUUCCUCGCGCUCGCCUUCUUCCACCCCGGCGGCGUCGCGUGGGCGCUGUCGUCGUCCGGCGGCCACGGCGCCGCCGCCAUCCCUGGCCCGCGGGGAGUCCUGCUCGCGUUCGCCGGCCCGAACCCGCACCGCGCGCUGGCCAGCCUCGCCGCGUCGACGCGCGGGGCCACGCGCCUCAUGGCGUUCUCCGUCGGGCUCACCCAGUUCGUGGUGGCGAGCCACCCGGACACGGCGCGGGAGAUCCUCGCCGGCGCCGCGUUCGCCGACCGCCCCGUGAAGGAGGCCGCCGCGGAGCUCAUGUUCCACCGCGCCAUGGGGUUCGCCCCGCACGGCGGGUACUGGCGCCGGCUGCGCCGCCUGGCGUCCGCGCACGCGCUCGCCCCGGGGAGGCUCGCGGCCCGCCGCAGGGCGAUCGGCGAGGAGACGGUGCGGCGCGUGGCGGCCGCCAUGGCGCGCGACGGCGCCGUCGGCGUGAGGCGGCUGCUGCACCUGGCGAGCCUGGACAAUGUCAUGGCGAGCGUGUUCGGGGUCGGCCUCGGCGAGCUCGGCGCGGGCGCCGUGUCGGAGCUGGAGGAGAUGGUGGGGCAAGGGUACGAGCUGCUCGGCACCUUCAACUGGGGCGACCACCUGCCUCUGCUGCGCCUCCUCGACGUCCAUGGCGUCAGGAGGAAGAGCAGGGCGCUGGCGUCUAGGGUUAAGGUGUUCGUCUCCAAGAUCAUAGAGGAGCACAAGACGAGGAGAGAUGCCAAGUACGGCGGCUGCGACGGCGACGGCGAUUUCGUGGACGUCUUGUUGGGGCUGGAAGGAGAGGAGAGGCUGGAGGAGGAAGACAUGGUCGCCGUCCUAUGGGAGAUGAUCUUCCGUGGCACAGACACGGUGGCCAUCCUGCUGGAGUGGGUGCUGGCGCGGAUGGCGCUGCACCCGGACGUCCAGUCCAAGGCGCAGGCCGAGAUCGACGCCGCCGCGGUGAGCGGCGACGCGGCGGCGCUCCCGUACCUGCACUGCGUCGUCAAGGAGUGCCUGCGGAUGCACCCGCCGGGCCCGCUGCUGUCGUGGGCGCGCCUCGCCACGCGGGACGCCCACCUCGACCUCGGCGCCGACGCCGGCGGCCGCGCCGCCCUGGUGCCCGCCGGCACGACGGCGGUGGUGAACAUGUGGGCCAUCGCCCGCGACGGCGGGCUGUGGCGCGACCCGGGCGUGUUCCGGCCGGAGAGGUUCCUCGGCGACGGCGAGGCCGCCGGCGUGGGCGUGGCGGGCGGCGCCGGCGGCUACGACCUCCGGCUGGCGCCGUUCGGGGCCGGCCGGAGGGCGUGCCCCGGCAGGGCGCUGGCCAUGGCCACCGUCCACCUCUGGCUGGCGCAGCUUCUCCGGAGCUUCAGGUGGGUCCCGUCCGGCGACCGCGGCGUCGACAUGAGCGAGCGCCUCGGCAUGUCCCUCGAAAUGGAGAAGCCAUUGAUCUGCCUCGCGCUUCCAAGGACCUCGUCUACCUAGCUACACACACAAGCUGCUACCAACUUUGCUAAGACCUCUACUUGGAAUCUUGUAGAUUAUAUCUGUUAAUUAUGUAUAAUUAAGCUUCCGUAAAAAAAUAUAUGUACUCCCUUUGUUUCACAAUAUAAGUCAUUCUAGCAUUUUCCACAUUCAUAUUAAUGCUAAUGAUUCAUUAGCAUUAAUAUGAAUGUGAAAAAUACUAGAAUGACUUACAUUAUGAAACGGAGGAAGUAUAAUAAUUAAGCAUACGCAUGUUCUAACCUAUAGAUCAAUUUUCAUGUGGGUGCUUGGUUAGAACUUGAAAUAAUCCCAAGGUUUUGUAGCCUGUUCUUUAUAUAGGGGUUUUUUUUUUUCAUGCUCUCGUGAUGCAAGUAUGGGGUGUGGUUUGUUCUCUGGGAGACAUGAGACGCUAAUAAGAUGAUUAUUGUACUUUUUUAAAAAAAUGGCUGUGGACCAUAUGUCAUAUAUUUGUUUUUUGGGAUUA